AUGAUCUUCGCCGCCCGUCAACUUCAGGAGAAGUGCCAGGAGAUGCGGACCCACCUGUACUCUAUCUUCGUGGACCCGACGAAAGCCUUCGACACGGGAAAUCGUGAAGGACUGUUGAAGAUCAUGCAGAAAUUCGGCUGUCCGGAGCGAUUCACUCAGAUGGUGCGUCAGCUGCACGACGGUAUGAUGGCGCGAGACACGGACAACGGAACUGUCUCAGAGGCAUUCGCAGUGACUAACGGAGUGAAGCAGGGAUGCGUGGUGGCACUAACCCUCUUCAAUCUCAUGUUCUUUGCCAUGCUGAUGGACGCCUACCGCAACGAACGCCCCGGGAUCCGCAUCGCCUACAGGACGGACGGUCACCUCCUGAAUCAACGGCGGAUGCACUUCCAAUCGCGUGUAUCCACAACCACUGUUCACGAACUCCUCUUCGUCGACGACUACGCCCUGAACACCACCUCGGAAGGGGAGAUGCAACGGAGCAUGGACCUGUUCUCCGCCGCCUGCGAGAAUUUCGGUCUGGUCAUUAACACGCAGAAGACGGUGGUGAUGCACCAACCGCCACCCCACUCACUCAGAGACACCAACGCGCCGCCGCAAAUCAGCGUGAACGGAACCCAACUGCAGGUGGUGGAGAACUUCCCGUACCUGGGCAGUACUCUCUCCCUCAACGCCAAGAUCGACGACGAAGUCGCCAACAGGAUCUCGAAAGCCAGUCAAGCCUUCGGUCGCCUCCAAAGCACAGUUUGGAAUCGCCACGGUCUUCAGCUGAUCACGAAGCUGAAGAUGUACAAGGCCGUCAUCCUGCCGACACUACUCUAUGGAGCGGAGACUUGGACGGUGUACGCGAAGCAGGCACGUCAUCUGAACUACUUCCACCUCAGUUGUCUUCGUCGCAUCCUGAGGCUAAAGUGGCAGGAUCGAAUCCCCGACACUGAUGUGCUGGAACGGACGGGAAUCCUUAACAUCUACGCCAUACUGAGGCAAAAUCAGCUGCGCUGGAUCGGCCACCUGGUGCGCAUGGACGACGAGCGACUACCCAAACGACUCUUCUACGGAGAUGUCGCGACUGGUUCUCGCCGUUAAGGAGGUUGGAUUCGCCGUUUCAACGAUACCCUGAAGUCCUCCCUGAAAUGCCUGCAAAUCAACCCCACCAAGUUGGAGGAGCUCGCACUCGAUCGACCGACCUGAAGGAGGACAGUGAAGACAGGCGCUGCUAUCUACGAAGCCAGCCGCAUCGCUGCCGCCAAAGCAAAACGCGAAGUCCGCAAAUCACAACUCCGCCCGCUACGCAACGCCGCGGCACAACCGCUUCCAACGUGUCCUCGAUGUCAACGGACAUUCCGGGCUCGAAUCGGGCUUGUUGGACAUCUUCGGAUUGACUGCGCCUCUCGAACUGCACCAACCAUCGUCCCCCCGCCCGCCUCUUCCUCCUCCUCUCCGCCGCCAAAUAACUCUGACACUUCUUCUGACCCACCACUUCCAUCCUCCUCCUCCUCCUCCUCCUCAUCCUCCUACUCCUCCUCCUUCUCCUCCUCUCCUCCUCCUCCUCCUCUCCCUCCUCAUCCUCCUCCUCCUCCUCCUCCUCCUCCACCACUGCCCCAACGGCGGCCGCUCAGGCGGCCGUCUCGCACAUCACCAACCGCGACACAACAACAGACACCACCUCCACCUCUCCCGACUCCAACGACGAGGAUCAGGACUACACCUGCCCUCACUGCGACCGCACCUUCACCUCACACAUCGGCCUGGUCGGUCACUUGCGAAUCCAUCGCACAGAGACUGGCGAACCAGUGCCUGGAGCACCAACCUACACCCACCGCACUCGCCUCCACUGCCCACACUGCCCUCGCACCUUCACGCAUCGCAUGGGUCUAUUCGGCCACAUGGGCAUCCACGAGAGCGGAUUUGACCACAGUUCCGACACACCCACCACAUCCAAAACACCCACCAGGCCCAACACCACACUCGUUCCAUCGCCACACGCGCCCAUCACCACCACCACCACCAACGCUUCCUCUACAGCUGACACCGACAACGUCGGCCUCUCAUGCCCACACUGCCCACGCACGUUCAGCUCACGCAUCGGCCUAG